GAUGUGUAAUGUGUUAACUUUGACGGCGGGGCCCAAUUGUCUCAACAACACGCUCCAAAGCAGAUCUGCUCCUCCUCUGGAAACUCGGAAGUAAUUAAAAACAGACAUGGCUGACACUCAAGAGGUUACGGAGGAGGAGGUCCAGGAGGAAGACUUGAAAUUCAAACCUAAGUUUAUGCAGAAUAUUCAAGCACCAAAAAUUCCAGAGGGAGAAAAAGUAGAUUUUGAUGACAUUCACCGUAAACGUCAGGAGAAGGACCUGGCUGAGUUGCAGGCCCUGAUCGAGGCUCACUUUAUCCAGAGGAAGAAAGACGAGGAAGAGCUAAUCGCUUUGGUUAACAGGAUUGAGAACCGUCGUGCUGAGAGGGCCGAGCAGCAGAGGAUCCGAGCGGAGAGAGAAAAGGAGCGACAGGCCAGACUCGCUGAGGAGAAAGAAAGAAAGGAGCAGGAGGAACAGAGGAGGAAGCAAGAUGAGGAUGCGAAGAAAAAGAAGGCUCUAAUAAGUUCCAAGACUCAAUAUGGAAGCCUUCAGCAAAGAGCUGACAGUCGCAAAGGAGGCAAGAAGCAGACGGAGAGGGAGAAGAAGAAGAAGGUUUUGGCCGACAGACAGAAGCCUCUAAACAUUGAUCAUCUCAGUGAGGAUAAGCUCAAGGAUAAAGCCAGUGAACUGUGGCAGUGGUUGAUGGAGUUGGAGGCUCAGAAGUAUGACCUGGCUGAGAAACUGAAACAUCAGAAGUAUAAUAUCACUCAACUUCUUGUUCGGGUCCAGGACAAUCAGGGUGCCAAAGGACGAGGCAAGGGCAGCAGGAGGCGGUAGAAAUGCUGACACUUUGGAGAUGGGAAAGUCACAUGUGCUGCGACAGCCUUGUGGGAUUUGUUAACGUCAUUAAAUAUUAUGUAACUGAAUGUACAACAACAAAUCCCUUAACUGUACGUUUCUGCUUGAGAUUACAAAUAAAGCAGAGUUUGUUUGA